UUUUUUUUGGCUAAAUUAUUUGGCGCGAAGUUGUCCUUUCUGUAGCAGGUGGCUUAGCAGUUGUGGAUGUUUAUUGAAAUGUAUAACAAGGUGUUUUGGGAAAGUUUUGUAUGUGUUGUUGUUGGUACUGAGUGGCCUGGCCAUUGUCGGUACUCUGACGCAUCUUCGUCGGUUUCUGAUAUUCCUGCUGCGGGGAGAAGGGGGUUUGCGGCAGUAGGGCUGUGAAAGGUCUCCUGUCACUUUCGGCUGACAGGCGAGAGCGCGGUGCUGCAGAAUCAUCUGCGCUCUAUAGAUUAUACCAAAAAAUCCGAAUCUUCGUUUCUUGCAGUAUUCUUGAUUAGUUCAGCUUGUUCUCGCAGCCAUGAAUGCGUGCCAGAGCGCGUUAUGUUGUGACUGAUCUGUUUAUCCCAACAUACGAGAUGCGCAUAAAAUGUUAUAUGAAUGCUUGACUGGCAUUGCCGCCUGCAUCACUGCGCUUUGAUGAAUGUCCUAAGUUUGUGGACGUCUAGGACUUCCUAAGGUGUUUGCUAACUUCUCGCAAAGAUGUCUAUCUUUUUUGGGCAGUGUGUGUGACUCCUCUUUGGGUAUGAAGCUACACGUUCAGAAGUCAUUGACUCCUGUUGGGGGGAAAAUGCGCUAACCGAGGAUGCAAUGUUAAGGCUGCAGAUCGCUCGUAACUGCGUUACGGCCCUUUCAGCCAUCCCUGGACUUAAACCGCUUUAUCGACUGGUAUAUUUCAACUCAGUCAUAUGUCUGUGGGUUCUGGGGUGUCAAGGCAGAAAAUAAAUGUACGAAAUGUGUUUAUUUAUGGUUAGACAGCGGUAACCAAUGGCUAUAUUCCUGUUGCUCGUCGCUAGCAAUGUAUCAUUAUUUCUACUACAAUAAACAGGCGCAUCACAAAUGCGUGUAGAAAAGUUUGCGCGUCGCUAACGAUUAAAUAACGGUGUGUUCAUUUUAGGCGAUUGGCAACACUUCAAAAUAUCAAUUGGUGUUUUAACUUCAAUAAAUGUUGGGUUUUGUGUUCUGUACAGUCUUCGAUCUACUUUCUCAUCGUCUUUAGUAUUAGUUCAGUACCCAGGCGAGACACACUUGAUGGAAAGAAGCACCGUGAUGUUGGACAAAUGCCUACACGCUAUUUCUGGAAGUGAGCUACCAGGUUUCAGACGUCAGUUAGAUGGGGAUCAUUUUCAAUUUACUCCAAACGCGAACUUGAGGACCAAUUUUUUUUCCAGGAGCCAAUGAGAAAUAAUACUUUCGCUGCAAAAACUAUAUCGCUCUUCAUGAAAGAAAGAAAAAAAAAAAUCAGUACCGCAUGUAGUGUGGUAUAGAAACUUAGAAUUUGACCAAAAGGACUUUCCCGUAAUAGAGACGGAAAGACGUCAUGGAUUAUUAAUUUAACAUCAUGCGAAUAAAAUUUUGUUGUAGAUUUUUUUUCUUAAUUGUAAAACAUCUGUAGUCGUGGGCAUCACUAGUGGAAAUUACAGUUGAAAACCGUGUAGGCUACUUGACCGAAUUCAUAUUUGGAUAGCUGAGCAGCUGCGCUGUACUCGCCAGCAGAUUUAAUGGUACAGGACAGAUAAUUAUAUCAAAAGAACAAAAUCUCUGGUGACUAAUUCCAGUAGCCUACAGACUAGUAAAUGUGUCCAAAACCCGUUUGAAACCAGAUGAAAAUUCCGCAGGAAUUUCCGCAAGAGUGUGUGUUUGUUUUGUAGUAAUUGUCAGUUAUUUUAGUUUGUUAUAUUCUUUAAAAAUGAGUAGGAUAAUCGGAUAGAAGAUGCAUGGCUAUUAAACUUCUUCAGCAUUUCUUCCAUGUUAAAAAUAACACCUGCAGGUAUAAGCACCGGGAAGUCCAAGUGUAGAUGCCUUUUAAAAGUUGUUUUCGAUACAUUAAUUAGGUUACACUUGACGUGUCACACAGGUUGUGUCAGUGGAUUUUAUGCGUGUUUUAAAUAUUAAGUUCAACACUGUUUGAAAUAGGUGUGUGUGUGUGUGUGUGUGUGUGUGUGUGUGAGAGAGAGAGAGAGAGAGAGCUUACACUUAACACUAUAUAAAUUAGUUUGCCAUUCCAAAAUCAAAAACUUCAUACCGUUAUUUGUCUUGUAUUGCAUUCUGACUUAUGAAGAAAUACAAGGUCUUUAUUGCCAUCUAGUGUCAGUCUAUACUUUGCAGCCCAUUGGGCACCUUACAGAACUUUAGUCUAAUAAAGCACAUUUUCGCAGCAUAUUCUCGAUAUUUUUUGGGGGGUGCGGGGAACAGAAGAUUCGGCGAUAACUUAAAUCACUGCAGCGAAUUCUAGUUCUCUGUAUGUAAAUACUGACGGUCGUGUACCCCAAGUCAUAAUCUUGUACCGAAUAUAGAUUUGACAGUAAUGCGUUAUGGUUAGAAUGACAGCAGUAAGUUCCAAAAUGUUACUGAUAAGUCCAUUAAAGUCAGUUUUUUUAUAUAGUCAAGUCGUUAAAGCGAUCGCAUUUACUGAAAUGAUACUCAAUGAUCAUUCUAUCUGGAAUUUGAACGUUGGCAUAUAGAUGUACCACAAUCGAGAACCGGGUUACCUGCUUAACAGCCGCUUCUUCUGUACAAACUUUCAUUUGUUCAUGAAAUUUCCACCUAAAAUUCAAUCAUACGUAAUCUCCCAUUAAUUUAAACAGCCAUGCUAUGGGCGCAAUCUAUUAGCGUUUAUUUUCAUAAGUCGCGCUUCUCCAAAUAAAAAUAAGUAACUGGUGCAUACGCAGGUCAUCUACUUCUCUCAAUACCGAUAACUACUUGAACUCCAAGUGGACGCAGAUCUUGAGAAAAUGGCCUGUGCAGCAGACAACUGCAUCCAGUUCACCCGGCACGCCAGUGACGUCCUGCUCAACUUCAACCGGCUACGCAGCCGGAACAUUCUCACUGACGUCACCAUCCUUGUCAACAGACAGCAGUUCCGCGCCCAUAAGACCGUUCUUAUGGCAUGCAGCCGGCUGUUUUACACUAUAUUCACGGACUCAGUCAAAUGUAACCUGAGUGCCAUAAGCCUGGACCCAAAGGUGGACCCAGAAGGUUUUGCGGUUCUGCUGGAGUUCAUGUACACGUCAUGUCUGUCACUGAAGGACAGUCUGAUUGUGGCGACUUUGAACACUGCCAUCUACCUGCAGAUGGACCAUGUUGUGGACACCUGCCACAGAUUCAUCAAAUCCAGGGACUCCACUGCUAAGCUGUCCAGAGAAGACAUCCUGGCCAGUCCCCUGCUGUUAUCUCAGGACGUACACGCCUACAGGGCUCACGAAGAGCAGAAUUUACCCAGCCGCGUCGCCCCCUUCAGGGAUGGGAGGCCCUACUGUCCCAGCAUGUUUGGUAGUGUGAACACCCCCAGCAGCUCCUACCAUCUCUACGGCCAUCUUCCCGUCCAGGGCUUCUCCUUCCCAUUAGGGAAGCUACCAGACACCAAAAGCUCCUUCCCAGACUUUCCAAAAGGGAGCGCCUUCCACCAGAAGCUCUCCUCGCCGUCCGACUGUGCCAGUGUCGCAGCAGUCGACUACCGCGCAAUCACCACCGCUGCUCCUAGCGUCAGUCAUCUAACAUUCUACCCCUCGCAGGAGGUUACUAGAGAGGAGGAGGCCAGGAAAGAAACGCCAGGAGAAGCCCGAUCAUCUGGUAUAAGUUUAGGCUUCAAGAGACCGAACUUCCCUGGAUGCCAGGAGACAACCAGAGAGGUGUCCUCUAUGGACCAACAGCAGCAGCAAGAAGAAGAAGAGAUGGAGGAGGGAGAAGAUAGGGAUUUGGGUCACCUACACUACCCACAGAGCCUUCCCCCCAGCCGCCGCAAGGUCCCUGUGGGGAGCCCGCAGAGCCCACUAAAGUCCGACUGCCAGCCAAACUCGCCCACAGAGUCGAGCAGCAGCAAGAAUGCCGCCCUUAGCCUCGGCCAGGCCCCUGGCUCCCCAACAGCUCCGGGCAUGGCCGACCCCAAGGCCCGCAACUGGAAGAAAUACAAGUACAUCGUCCUCAACUCGGUCAACCAAGCCUCGAAGGAGAGCGGGGACAGUCCCAGGCCGGAGGCCCGAUCGCCCGCCUACCCACCGACCGGCGAAGCUGAACACCCGGAUCCACAGGCGAGCAAGGUGACGGAGCAGAGCCAGGAAUCCCCAGCACCACAGGCUAGUCGCCUCAACAGCAUCAUCAACAGGACCCAUGAGGCGAGUCAGAGGGGCGACAGCUGCUCCUCACUCUACCCAGGACACCUAAAGUGCUCCUCUUGUGGCUCCUGCUCCCCCCAGCACCCAGAGGUGUGCAUCCACACUCCCGUCUCCAGCUUCGGUGAGGAGAUGUCGGAGCUGCACUCGGAGUACUCGGACUCCAGCUGCGAAAACUGCACAUUCUUUUGCAACGAAUGCAACUCUAAAUUCACAGAGGAGGAUUCCCUGAAACGGCACGUUCUCCAGGCGCACAGCGACAAGCCCUACAAGUGCGACCGCUGCCAGGCCGCCUUCCGCUACAAAGGGAAUCUCGCCAGUCACAAAACCGUCCACACAGGAGAGAAGCCGUACCGCUGCAACAUCUGCGGUGCUCAGUUCAACAGACCAGCCAACCUGAAGACCCACACUCGCAUACACUCUGGAGAGAAGCCUUACAAGUGUGAGACAUGUGGCGCCCGUUUCGUCCAGGUCGCCCACCUCCGCGCUCACGUGCUGAUCCACACGGGGGAGAAGCCUUACCCCUGCGAUAUCUGUGGGACGCGUUUCCGCCACCUACAGACGCUGAAAAGCCACCUGCGUAUUCACACAGGAGAAAAGCCGUACCAUUGUGAGAAGUGCAACUUGCACUUUCGCCACAAGAGUCAACUGAGGUUGCACCUACGGCAAAAGCACGGCGCCAUCACCAACACCAAAGUCCAGUAUCGUAUAUCAACAGCCGAUCUGCCCGGCGACCUUCCCAAAGUCUGCUGAGCAGAGCCUGGGGAGGGAAACCCCCACUUUGAAAUAUGAACCACGGACUGUUUUGUACACUUGUGAAAUUGUGCCACAAUUCGGGGGGGGGGGGGGGGUGUCCAUCUUGAAUGGGUUUUCUACAAAGGAAUGUAGAACCAAAAAUGGUUUGGUCACGUGUGAAGUGUACUUGUAAAAUGUAUAUUUUGUGUAUAUGUCUAGUUGGGAGUUAUGCUUUUAAAAAAAAAAAUAGUCUUAUUUUGAUGUGUGAAUGGUGGGGGAUAUGGAUGAAAUGGACUUCAAUAUCCAGUGAGGAUGAAGCGUUUUAUAUCAAGACAAGGUUUCUUUCAGAGCUGACCGAAAAAGUGAGAUGUUUGACUGAAGGCCGGUCCUUUUACCCCCCCCCCUCCCAAGGAUAAACGUUCAAGCUAAUUUUACACUCUGAGACUGACUGGGGGAAGCGUAGUGAAGUUGGGUUUUAUGAAAAGCUAUAAUAUAUAUAUGUAUGCACAGUUUGUUUGUUUUUUUUUUUUUUUAACCAUGUCUAUACAGGUACAAGCUAAGGAGCUUCAUGAAUGUGGCAUAACAGACUCAUUCAGAGAUGACUUAAAGCUCUGCUGGCAGAGUGGCUUCCAGAAAUCUCUUCUGUAAACAGGACACAUUGUUCCAGCCACGUUCCCCAUGUACACGUGUGACGUUUCUUGCCAAGUGAAAAGUUUAGUCGUCAGUUUUGAAGUCAAGGUAGACGAAGUGUCCGGACCCUUUGUAAAUACACUGUGUGCUGAUGGUGCCUUUUCUUCAAAGCAACCAUAGUUCUAAAAGUUCCAUUCAGUUUAAAACUGCAUUAAGAUGGUUUCCCCUUCAGCCCAUCCAUCUGCUAAAUGCACAAAUUCAUGACACUGCUGGAGCUGUACAUUUCCAGGAACUAUGCGGGGAGUGAAUUUUUGUAAACUGCAUUAAGCUUAUUGUAAAAUAGAUGUAUGAAUGUAAAAUAAAACUGAAUUUCUAUGUAA